CGUAUACUCGCCUCGUACAAAAAAACACGCAAGCAUCGCUUUGAUUCGAAUAAAAAGGCCCGUCUAGAUUUAACACACCGUCCACCCAGGACAAUAACUUCAAGGAAUCCCUAUUCUCUCGAUCUUCAUCCAUCCAUAACUUCAAUAACCUCCCUGUAAAUAAGUGCCCAGCCAAUACAACAAUGCACAACGCAACGAUUCGACCGGCGCGUGUGUCCGACCACUACGCCAUGGCCUCAAUAUGCAGCGCCGCGUUCUUCGAGGAGGACCUCUUCGGCCGUAUUAUCCACCCCAAGCGCCACGAAUACCCAGAUGACGUUGCACUGUUCUGGUUGCAAUUCAUCCGCGAGCAAUGGUUCGAUUGGCGGAACAAGUUGUACGUUGCUGUGAGCACCGGAGAUGAGAAGUCUGCUGGGGACGAAAUUGUCGGAGUCGCUGUUUGGCAGCGACAAGGGAAGGUUGGGGAUGGUAUGAAGUUGAGAGCUUGGGAUCCACGCAACAUAAUCCACCCCCUCCUCACCCUCCACCACACCCUCCUCCAACCAACCCUCUGGCCCAACCGCGCCCUCGACCCCACAAAAACGACCCUCCUCCCCUCCGCCGAACCCUUCGUCGCGCACCACUGGGCCGGCGCCCGCUCAGAGAACUGGUACCUCUCCCUCCUCGCGACGUCGCCCGCCGCGCAGGGCCGCGGCAUCGGGAAGCGGCUCGUGAAGCUGGGGCUGGAUCUCGCGAGGGAGGAGGGCGUGCAUGCGAGUGUGAUGAGCAGUGAGGGAAACGAUGUGUUUUACCUGAAGAGUGGGUUUGAUGAGGUGGUUGGGUGGGCGAAUGAGGGGGAGGAGAAUCCGUUGAGGAAGGAGGGCGUGAAGGGGGGUGCGAUUUUGUUUAUGUUUCCUGAGGGUCAGGGUGGGAGGGAGUAG